AGAGAGUGUGUGAGAGAGAGAGAGAGAGAGAGAGAGGUCUAUGGUGUGGCGGUGGAUAGCGUUGCCUUCGAUUGCGCCGUUUACAUGUGUGCGCGAGGGAGAAAGGGGGAAACCGAUACCCGUUUUUUCGAGGAGGUAUUGGCACCGACGAGCGCGAGACUAAUGGAGCCGUGAGGAGUGUGAUGUCUUGCAUUUCCUUCCAGCGAUGAUUAGGCUCUGCUUCCUGGUUCUGUGACGGACCAACCAGGGAGGAAGAAGCCUUCUUCAGCUCCCGCCCUCCCUCUUAUCCCUCCCCGCCCCUUUGGAACCCUGGACACGCCCACUCACCCCUUAAUCCAGCCUCCUUUACUUCACCACUUCCAACUAGGCCCAACCCCACCCCCCCACCCCCCCCAACACACCCACGCCACACACCCUAAACCCUCAUCCUAAAGUUGCCGCUCCAGCUGUACUGCAGGGCAGCCUGAGAAUCUUGCGAAUCAGGGCACACAAACGCACAGAUGGUUGGGCCUGGGCGUUCGUAUCUGCUGCAGGAGCCGCGUAGCGUUGGGCUAAUCUGAAAGGAAGAGGCUUCGAACCCUGACCCCCCAGCCCUGUGAGCCGUCAGAGAAGAGCAGACACGCCCGUUACAGACUCACAGACAGACAGACAGACAGACAGGCAGACAGACAGACAGACAGGCAUGUAGGAAGCCAGUGGCUUAGCAUCCUAAAGAUCUCAUUGGCUGUAAAGACCGACCUGCCCUUUUUAAAGCCAAGGCUCACUUAGCCCUGCGUCACACCUAACUGACAGACCAGAGAGCCAAUCACGUGAGGCAGGCACUCAGAGGCACGUACAGAGUAGCACGAACAAACGUGCGUACACACAAACAUACACACACACACACACACACAGAAACACACACGUGUACACACAAACUUGUGUACGCAAACACGAGUACACACAUACGCACGUACGCACAAACUUGUGUAGUCAAACUCAUAAGCGCGCGUAUACACACAAACACGCGUAUAUAGACACGCACACACACAAAGGCGCGGACACACACACAUAGAGGUGUGCACACACACUCACACACACACACACACACAGAUAGAGGUGUGUACACACACACACACUCACACACACACACACACAUAGAGGUGUGUACACACACACACACACACACACACGCCCCAAUCUGCCCAUCGGAGGGCGUGGAGGUGGCCUGAGAGCUGCAGUUAAAACCCACGAAGAAGAGGCCAGCCCACCGACGCCCGCCUCAAGAUGAUGUGCGAGGUCAUGCCCACCAUCUCGGAGGAUGGGAGGGGCGGGGCCGGCGGGGGCCCCUCCUCCCCGGCCGGGGGAGGGGGCGGGUCCGGGGGCGGGAUAGGCGGGCCGGGGGGCGGGUACGGGGGCCGGGACGGCCGCGGAGGGGACGAGGGCGGCAGCUCGGGGAACCUGGAGUCGCUGAUGGUGAACAUGCUGACGGAGAGGGAGCGGCUGCUGGAGAGCCUGAGGGAGACCCAGGACUGCCUGGGCACGGCCCAGCUCCGACUGCGCGAGCUGGGCCACGAGAAGGACUCCCUCCAGAGGCAGCUGUCCAUCGCCCUGCCACAGGAGUUCGCGGUCCUGACCAAAGAGCUGAACGUGUGCCGGGAGCAGCUGCUGGAGCGGGAGGAGGAGAUCGCCGAGCUGAAGGCUGAGAGGAACAACACGCGGCUGCUGCUGGAGCACCUGGAGUGCCUGGUGUCGCGUCACGAGCGCAGCCUGAGGAUGACGGUGGUGAAGAGGCAGGCCCAGUCCCCCGCCGGCGUCUCCAGCGAGGUGGAGGUGCUCAAGGCCCUCAAGUCUCUGUUCGAGCACCACAAGGCCCUGGACGAGAAGGUUCGGGAGAGGCUGCGCGUUGCUCUGGAGAGAGUGGCUGUUUUGGAGGAGGAACUGGAGAGCUCCUCACAGGAGGUGCAUUCUUUAAGAGACCAAAUAAAAAGACGACAACAAGGGUUGGAUAAUGGAAGAGAGCGGCUGCCCAACGGUCCUUCCUCCAUUCUGGAUGAUGGAGAGAUCGACAGGCAGAGAGAAGGAGAGAUAGAGCGACAGAGAUCAGAACUCUCCCAGCUGAAGGAGAGACUGGCUCUCAUGUGUCGGCAGGUAGGAGAAAUAGAGGAACAGCUCGCUGCAGCCAGAAGGGAGGUUACGAAAUCUGAAGAAGCCAAUCAGAAACUACAGAGGGAUGUGAAAGAGGCUCUCUGUCAGAGAGAGGACAUGGAGGAGCGGAUCACCACGCUGGAGCGCAGGUAUCUCAGUGCACAGAGGGAGGCCACCUCUCUCCACGACAUUAAAGACAAGCUGGAGAAUGAGCUGGCCAGCAAGGAGUCUCUCUACAGACAGAGCGAGGAGAAGAACAGGCAGCUGCAGGAGCGGCUGGACGACGCCAAGCAGAAGCUGCAGCAGACGCUGCAGAGGGCCGAGACCCUGCCGGAGAUAGAGGCGCAGCUCGCCCAGAGGGUGGCGGCCCUCAACAAGGCAGAGGAACGCCAUGGCAACUUCGAGGAGCGGUUGCGGCAGAUGGAAGCACAACUGGAGGAGAAGAAUCAGGAGUUACAGAGGGUGACUACUGCUCUGUACAGAGGACCUCCCAUUCCCUUCAGUAUCCUCCCCCCACCUCCCCCACACCUCCUGUGCCCUUUAGUAUCCUCCCCCCACCUCCCCCACACCUCCUGUGUCCUUCAGUAUCCUCCCCCACACCUCCUGGACCCUUCAAAUUCUCUUUCUGAGGAACUGGCAAAUAUGAAGAAAAUACAAGACGAUCUUUUAGCAAACAAGGAUCAGCUGAUCGCCGAGCUGGAAAGACUUCAGCUGGAGCUGGAUCAGUUGAGAGGGAGGCCCGGCUCCUCCUCCUACACCAGGUCUCUUCCAGGAAGCGCGCUCGAGCUCAGGUACUCCCAAGGGGGCGGGUCCCUCCCGGCCGGCUCCACCGCGCACCUGGAUCACUACGGCAACGCGGCCUCGGGGGGCGUGGUCCGGAGGCCUCACCGCGGGCGAUGGGGCCCCGCCAGGGAGGACGCGAGCAAGUACGGGGAAUGGGAAGGCGGUGCGCUGCUCGCCCCCGGGUUCGAGGGCGGCGUGGAGGGCGGCUGCUCGGACGAGGAGGAGGAGGACCGCGAGACGCUCUUCGGCUCGGAGCUCCUGUCGCCGAGCGGGCAGACGGACGUGCAGACGCUCGCCAUCAUGCUGCAGGAGCAGCUGGAGGCCAUCAACAAGGAGAUCAAGCUGAUUCAGGAGGAGAAGGAGAGCACGGAGUUGAGGGCGGAGGAGAUCGAGAGUCGGGUCAGCAGCGUGGCGCUGGACGGGCCCCCCCUGCCCCCGUCCUCUCUGGGCGGCGGGCGGGACGGGGCCGGGCGAGGCUUCAUCCCCCAGUCGCUCACCUCCUCCACCCUGGCCUCGCCCUCGCCCCCCAGCUCGGGCCACUCCACCCCCCGCAUCCCUCACUCGCCCGCACGGGAGACUGACAAGCAGAACAAUAAAGAGGACGACAGGUCGCUGGCUCUCCCGGACUCCACCCCCCCGCCGACCCCUCGCGCCCUGCGAUUGGACAGAAUGACCCACACGCACCCCGGGGCCAUGCUUGACGAUAGCCGCGAAUUCCGCAGUCUCUCAGCGGAUGGGAGUGCGGCUAACAGUAGCCAGGACUCCCUGCACAAAUCCACAAAGAAGAAAAGCAUCAAGUCUUCCAUCGGCCGCCUCUUCGGCAAGAAGGAGAAGGGGAGGAUGGGCCCGUCGGGACGGGAGUCCGUCUCUCUGGCCUCCACGCCUUCUGAGGACCUGGGCUCGGCCGAUCCCCUGGGCCUGACCAAGCUUGCGGGGCCCGUGGACAAGGACCGGCGCAGCAAGAAGAAGCACGAGCUCCUUGAGGAGGCUUGUCGUCAGGGCCUCCCCUUUGCAUCCUGGGACGGGCCCACCGUGGUCUCCUGGCUGGAGCUGUGGGUGGGGAUGCCGGCCUGGUACGUGGCGGCCUGCCGGGCGAACGUGAAGAGCGGCGCCAUCAUGGCCAACCUGUCGGACACGGAGAUCCAGCGGGAGAUCGGCAUCAGCAACCCGCUGCACCGGCUCAAGCUGCGGCUCGCCAUCCAGGAGAUGGUGUCCCUGACCAGCCCCUCGGCCCCGGCCAGCACGCGCUCCUCUACCAGUAACGUGUGGAUGACGCACGCGGAGAUGGAGUCACUGACCGCAGCGACCAAACCUGAGCUCAAAGAGAUUAGCUGGGAUCAGAUCCUGGCCUACGGGGACAUGAACCACGAGUGGGUGGGGAACGAGUGGCUGCCCAGCCUGGGCCUGCCCCAGUACCGCAGCUACUUCAUGGAGUCCCUGGUGGACGCCCGCAUGCUGGACCACCUGACCAAGAAGGAGCUGCGCGGCCAGCUCAAAAUGGUGGACAGCUUCCACAGGGUCAGUCUUCAUUACGGCAUCAUGUGUCUGAAGCGCUUAAACUACGACAGGAAGGAGCUGGAGAGGAGGAGGGAUGAGAGCCAGCACCAGAGCAAAGACGUGAUGGUGUGGUCCAACGAGCGCGUGAUGUGCUGGGUGCAGACGGUGGGGCUGAAGGAGUACGCCGACAACCUGGCGGAGAGCGGCGUGCACGGGGCCCUGCUGGCGCUGGACGACACCUUCGACUACACCGACCUGGCCCUCCUCCUGCAGAUACCCAAUCAGAACACGCAGGCCCGACAGCUCCUGGAGAAAGAGUACAACGCUCUCAUCACCAUGGGAACGGAGAGGCGACCCGAUGAGGACGGGACGAAGACCUUCACUCGCUCGCCGUCGUGGCGGAAGAUGUUCCGGGAGAAGGACCUGAGGGGGGUGACGUCCGACUCCUCCGAAACGCUGCCCGCCAACUUCCGAGCCUCCGCCAUUUCCACCCCCUCCGUGACCCUGAGGAAAGUCCAGAGCGAGGUGAACUCUGGAUCCAGAGCAGAGUCGGGGUCUGUGAGGACGUACUCCUGUUGAGACACACUGGGGGGCGGCUUGCUGAUGCGACGGGAUUUUGAUUUCAUAAUUUUGGAAAAAGCAAUGAACACGAGGGGGAAAAACGGAGACGUUUGACAACUCUGCAAUAACCAUGGCGACUGAGGCUGACCAAUGGGAAUGGAGGAAACCCCGUGGCUGAAGAAUACGGGAUAAGGGACAGAUGAAGAAUGUACAGAAUGGAGGGGGGGCGGGAAGGAAGAAUGAAUGUAUGGAACAGGGGGAAUAUCUCAAAAACGAUAUGUUUAUCAGUCCAUCGUUCUCCCUCUGUCUCUCUCUCUCUCUCACUCUCGAGCGACAGUUGUUCUCUGAAGCUGAGAGGCGAUUUUGGGAAAGCGGGGCCACAUGUUGCUGGCUCAGCUUAGCGGUGCUCUGUGAAUCUGAAUCUGAGAGUCUGUGUGGCCAUGAAUGUGCCCAAUGUCCUGUGUGGGAAUGAACAGCUGGUAUAUGUAUGCUGGUGUAUGCAGUGUAUGCUGGUAAUGGAUAGGGGUUUGUACACUGGGCAGAGGGUUGGUCUGGCUCAGUCUGGUUCGGUCUGGCUCAAGUCUGGCUUGGUCUGGUUCAGUCUGGCUUGGUCUGUUUCGGUCUGGCUUGGUCUGUUUCGGUCUGGCUUGGUCUGUUUCGGUCUGGCUUGGUCUGUUUCGGUCUGGCUCGGUCUGGCUUGGUCUGUUUCGGUCUGGCUCGGUCUGGCUCGGUCUGGUUUGGUCUGGUUUGGUCUGGCUCAAGUCUGGCUUGGUCUGGUUCAGUCUGGCUUGGUCUGUUUCGGUCUGGCUUGGUCUGUUUCGGUCUGGCUCGGUCUGGUUUGGUCUGUUUCGGUCUGGCUCGGUCUGGUUCGGUCUGGUUUGGUCUGGCUCAAGUCUGGCUCAGUCUGGUUUGGUCUGGCUCAGUCUGGCUCAGUUUUGACCGGUGCCUUUGCGGUGGGUCAGUACCAGAACUGGACACAGUGAGAGAGUGAGAGUCGAGACGGGCUUUACAAAGGCAAGCCCCGAUAGCAGAGACAGAGAGGGAGGGGUACACAGGGGCGAGAGAGAGAGCGAGGGAGCGAGAGAGGGAGAGAGAGAAAAAGAGGGAAGGAAAGGGAGAGAGAGGGAGAGAGACACAAACACAGUGGCGUGAAA